AUGAGGACAGGCCACGUGAACCCCGCACGAGCGAGGUCACCGUACGAAGUUAUUACGCGCCGCUCCGUGGGCGACGGCAGCCUGGCGGUGCCGCAGGCCACGCGCCGCGACCUGGAGCGGCUGCUCGCCGACGCCCUGCGCGACCCGGCGCGCCUGACCUGCGCCACGGCCUGGAAGGCGCUGGCCGAGCUGCAGUACGAGAACCGUGGGUACGAGGCCGCGGCCGACACCGCGCUGCGCGGCUUGCACUGGCUCCAGGCGCGGCGCGAGGCGGGGCACGAGGCGCUGACGCAGGUGGCGCUGGCCCUGCGCCUGGCCAUGGCCAAGUCGCUGCGCCGCCUGGGGCGCCUGGACGAGGCGGAGCGCCACUUCUCGGUGCUGGCGGGGUGGGUGACCGAGGGCGAGACCGCCUUUGCGGAGAUGAGCGGCGCCACGCCGGUCAGCAUCCACCAGCAGGCGCUGCGCGGGAUGGCGCUGGUCGCGCUGGCGCGCGGCGACGAGCACGCCGCGAAGGCCCAGUACGAGCGCAUCCUGGGCAAGGCGGCCAUGGGCCGGGGGCCGGGCGAGCACUGGGCCCACGCCGACUACGGCUGGCUGUUGUACAAGGACGGCGACCUGCAGGGCGCGCGCCAGCACCUGGAGGACGCGGUGCGCGUGGCGCUGGGCCCCGAGUCCUACGUCACCGACAGCCAGCUGGGCGAGCACUACCAGCGGCUGGGAGAGGUGUACUGGGCCAUGCGGGGGCGGUACCGCCGGGAGAAGCAGUUUGCCUACCACCAGUUCCUGGAGGCGGCCAAGGCGGAGGGUCACUCGCAGGCCCCCGCGCUGGCAGGGCUGGGCCGCUACUUCCUGGAGGUAGAGCACUCGCCGGAGCAGGCGUCGCGCUGCUUCAAGCGCGCGCUGGCCCUGGACCCCACCCUGGAGUUACCAGGGGAGGGCUUGUGCCGGGUGCUUCGGGGGGAGGGCAGGCGCGAGACCGUACGCACGCUGUGCGCUGGGAUAGCCCAGCGUGCGCCCAGCGCCACGUGGGCCCACAGGAAGCUCGGUGCCCUGGACGUCGAGAGCGGCGCCUUUGACGCGGCGGUGCCGCACCUGCAGGCCGCCAUUCGGGGCGACCCACGCAACGCGGCGGCCUGGGAGGCCCUGGGCGCCGCCUACGAGGGCCAGGGCAGGCCCAGCGCCGCGCGGCGGGCCUUCGACCGCGCGCUGGGGAUCGACCCGGGCAGGGUCCCGGCGCUGACGCGCGCCGCCGGGCUGGCGGCGGCGCUGGGCGACCUGGCUGCCGGGCUGGCGCAGUACCGCGCGGCCAUGGGCCUGGCGCCGCAGUACCCGCCGGCCCUGCUGGGCCUGGGCCGGGCCCUGCUCGCGGCGGCCGGCCAGUCCCUGGGCGAUGCCCUGCCGGGGCGUGUGGCGGCCGAGCUGGCGGAGGCCGCCGACCUGGCGCGGCGCUGCGUGGACGCCAGGCCCGGCCUGAGAGCCGGGUGGAAGCUGCUGGGCGACGCGCUGCUGGCGCUGGGGCGCGUGGCGGCCGGCGAGCCUGGCGCGGACGCUGCGGGUGGCGGUGCGGCGCUCCCCGAAGCGGUCCGCCUCGCCGUGGAGGCCGCGCCCGAGGCGCUGCGCCCCGCCUUCCGGGGUCGAUCGAGCGCGCUGCGCGCGCUGGGUGGUGCGCGGCGGGCCUACGCUGAGCUCGUGAGACUGGAAGGCGCGCAGGUUCCACCGGACCCUGGGGAGGCCGAGUCGGAGUCCGCUCGGCCUCCGCCGUCGACGGACGUGGCGACCGCGACCCUGGCAGAGGCGCUGGCCGUGGAGGAGCUGGCGCGGGCAGUGGCGCCCGGGGACGCGGUGGCGCUGCGCUCCCACGCCUCCUCGCUCCUCCAGGAGGCACGGGAGCAAGUGCGCGGGGCCCUGGCCCUGAGCCCGGCCUGCUCCCGGCUCUGGGCCCUGUGUGCAGCCACCUGCCGCGAGGACACUGAGAAGGCAGAGUAUGCCCUGGCGCGCUCGCUCCAGCUGGACCCCAGGAAUGCACCGGCCUGGACGCAGCUGGCGAGGCUGUACGUGGGGGCGGGCCGGCCGGGCGCGGCCGACGCCUGCCUGCAGGCGGCACGCACGCACGCCGCCGCUUCCCCGGGCGUCUGGGAGGCGAUGGGCGACGCGGAGGGGUGGCCGGCCGCCGCGCUGGGCCUGCUGGAGCACGCCGUCGGCCUGGGGGCGGGGGCGACGCACCAGCUGCGCUUUGCCGCGCUUUCCUUGGGCGCGCCGGCCGGGCCCGACGCCUCGCGGGCGUACCUGGCCGCGCUCAAGGCCUCGCGCCUGCUGCCGCUGGACCCCGCUGCGCACGCUGCGCUUGGCAUGGCCCUGCAGCGUCGCGGCGACGCGGCUGGAGCCGCAGAGGCGUAUGGGACUGCCGCCCAGCUGGCGCGUCGCAGGGGGGAUCUCGACCUGGAGGCGGCUGUGUUGGUGCGCCGGGCGGCGGCGCUGGUGGAAGCGGGGGACGGCUCGACCGCGCUGCGCAUUUUCGCCGAGCUCGACACGGCAGGCAGGGGUGGCGACCUGGCCCUUCCAAGCGUACAGCGAACGCUGGCCCGUGCCCAUGAGCAGUCGGGCGACCUGGACACGGCGCACGCCGCGCUUUCCUCUGCGCUUGAGGGGGCGCGCAGCGGAGGAGAGGCCUUUGGCGUGCUGGAGGACCUCGUGUCGCUGGCGUGGUUGGCAGGGCUGUCCCCCAGCGGUCGGCUGGAAGGGGUCCUGCUGCCGCGAGCGCAGGUCGGACCCUGGCCGGUGGGGGAGGGUGAAGUCCGUGCGCUGCGCCUGCGUGCCGCCGAACUGGAGGCGCGGGCGGGCGAUGUCGAGGCGGUGCGGGGCGUGGCGCACCGCCUCGGGCCCCUGGACGCCGAGGCCGCGGCGCACCUCUGCCUCCUGCAGGCUGCGGCGACGCAGACUGCUGGUUCUGGGCUCCCAGCGGCGCCAGAUGAUCUCGCCGCCACCCUCAGCGCUGCGGCAAGGCGUUGCGCCGCAGCACUCCACCUCUGCCCCCGCUCCGCCCCGGCCCAGGUGGCGCUGGCGGCAACCAGCCUGCGCGCCGACCCGGCCAGGGCGCGCGCCGCGCUGGGCAUGCUGUGCGCCGUGCUGGACGCCGGCGCGACCCCGAUCCGGCUGCGCCACCCUGCGCUCGAGGCCGCAACGUCGGCGCUGCUGGCGCUGCCCCCGGGCUCCAGCCGGCGUGCGGCGAGGGAGCACCUGGCGCGGCUGGCGCGGGCGGUGCAUGCGGCGCCCGACGCCGCGCCGCUCUGGGUGGCUGGUGCUGCCGUCGCCGCGCAUGCUGCUGCGGGGCAAGAAGACGCCGAGGCGCUGGCUGCCCUGGGCCGCGCCGACGCCGCCCUGCUGUCUGGAAGGGAGGCCGUGCGCGUGGCGGCGGGGAGUGUACAUGCUGGCGACGCGCUGUGCGUUCUCGGCCGCGUGCUGUGGGCAGGUGGCCGCGCCGACCAGGCGGCGGCGGCUUUCAUGAGAGCACAGGCGCCGGGCAAUCCCAUUUCCGCUGCCGCCGCCGGCCUGCACCUGGCCGCGCUUUCUCCUCUCCACCCCGACGGCGACCGUCCCGGCGCAGAGGCCCUCCUACGAGACACCCUGAAGCAAAGCGACUCAGCUAUACUUCGUCUGACCCUGGCCGGCCUGCUGCGGGACCAGGGCCGAAAUGACGAGGCGCUGGAGAUCGCCGCUGAGAUGACGGCCUGCUCCGCUGGCCGUCACGACCGUACGAGCGUGACCCACGCCGCUCGCCUGCUGGAGGGCAGCGUGCACCUCGCGAGCGCGCUGCAGGCGGGCGUGGAGCCGGUGGCGCGCAGGGCCGCGGCUGGCGCGGCGCUGGGCGCGCUGCAGCGCAGAAUGGCCAUCAGCCCUACUGCGCUGCAGCUCGCCAUCGGCACAGCAGCAGAGAGCUGCCUGGGCCAGAAGAAGUCGGGCGCGCGUGCGGCGGAGGGUGCCUCAAAGGCGCAGAGGACGGCCGUGUUGGAGUCUGGUCAGCCUCUCUCCACCGACCUCCUCCUCUUCCUGAGCAGGGCCCUGCGCCGGCCAAGCCUCUGCGCCCGAGCGGUGCAUGCCCGGCCCUGGGAGGGUCAGGCCUGGGCUGCUCUCACCCCAAAUGUCAUCCCUGCUGCCUGA